UUUAUCGCGUUGUAUACAAGAACAGGACUUCCACUAUAUACGGCCUUUACCAUCAACGUCUGAUUCGGGAAAUCUACACCAUGUCCGAAUCCACUCCCGCUGGAGCUGCCUUAAGCAAUGGCGCAGGUAGCAACGCGCCAAAAGUGAACCACGGGGACAACGCAUCGGGGCUCUUUCAGACACUGCAAGGCCAUGUCGACGAUAUUCGUUCUAUCCUACAAUGUGGUGUUUGCAUCCGACCUCUCUAUGAACCCUACACCCUCGCCUGCGGACAUACCUUUUGCUAUAGUUGCUUGACAUCCUGGUUCGUCGGUGGGAGGCACAACAAGACCUGUCCGGACUGUCGAGCGCCGGUCAAAGCGCAACCCGCUCCCGCUUACCUGGUUCGCGCCGUUGUCCAAAUGUUCACGAGCCGCCCAGAGCUGCUCGAUAAGGGCGAGACGACAGACGAACACCUACGCCACCAACGCGAAGAAGCGGGACGACUUGAACAAGAUAAAUUGAAUACACACCCGAAAGAAGGAGGUCUGUUUCGUGGAACCUUUAACAAGAAAGUCCCAACUGCGCAACCUAUUGUGGACCUUGAGGACAAUGUUGUCCGUUGUCCACGUUGCUCAUGGGAGCUUGAGGAGGAUUCAGGCUGCGCGCAAUGCGGAUACCGGCAGGAUGAUGACUCCGUGACAGACAGCUCUGGUUGGAGCGAAUCGGAAGAGAAUUCCGAAAUGACGGACUAUCUGGACGACGACGAGCUUGAAGAUGGAUUUGGGGACACUGACGAUUAUGGAUGGGACGAAAAUUUCGAUGAGCUGCCUCUUGAUAUUCGGCCCGCCGAGCUAGAUCAACUCUACCGUCAAUGGUACGGCCUACGUCCCGGGGAUCUUCCCCCAGCGCGCGCGAAUGCACCCUUCCACCGGCAGAUUCCUGUUGACUGGCCUUCGGGGGUUUCUUCAGCUCUUGAAGAGGAUAGUGACAUGGAUGAAGAUGAGGAUGCGGACAUGGAUUCCUUCAUCGACGAUGACUUGGAACAUGAUAACUACUCCGAAUCGGACCGAUCUACGGUAGUAGGGCCGCAUGAGUUCUCCAUCACUCGCACGACAACUAUCGGAAGCGAAGCCUUUGACGAGAUGUCGGAUGAAAGCGACCUUGAUGAUAGCCAUGAAGAUGAGGAUGGGGAGCACGAUGACGACGACGAUGACGACGAUGAGGAUGACGAGCCAAUUCGGCCGCCUGUCAGUGGCAUUCGACGCAAUCGAAUCCCGACCUACCGCAUACAGUCCAGCUCUCCACCUCGCGAAAACGGGACACCUGCCACAGCAUCAAGACAGACCGGAUCUGUUUCCCGAGCAACAUCUCAUGGGGAUGCACGUCGUCCCCAGCAGGUGCCCGCGGGGUCGUCCACCAUGAAUGCAAUCAGUGUGGACGAUGAUUCUGACGAGGGCCCCGUGCGACCGACCAGGAGGACAAGGGAUCGAGGCAACUGCCGACCUUCUGCCUUCUGAACCAGCUCAACAUCUUAUCUACGACUAAUGACGAUUGAUAAUCUCUUGUUAACGACACUUCAACUGUGUCUUUGCUCUUGUUUGGUGCUAGACCACCAAUGCGUGAGACAUGAAAAAUCUUCCCUUGUCAUAUCAGGUACCUUCACCCCAUCAGAUUGCGGUGGUGAAACAACAAGGGGUUACGUUCCAUUCUACAGGUGUUAGGGACUCUUUUGUAUCAUUGAAUGGCGAAAUCCUAGCCUUUUCUACAAGCCAUCUAAAAAAUACCCCCGUUUGUUAUCCGCUGUCAUUCGCCAUUUCUUCUGUACCUUGGGUAGGGGUUGUUUACUAGCGAAGUUCGGUUCUUUCUCAAAACACAUGUAUUACCAGGUACCUUGGGGCGCACU